AUGAACGAAAGCAGACCAAAGCCCUCUCUGAUGGGAGUUCCCACAGAUAUUCGUCUAUGGAUUGCAGAUAUCCUCAAAGCUGAAGAUCCACCAAGCGUCUUCAAUCUUGCAGCGGUUAACCACAAGUUGUUCAGCGAGACAAACAAGUUCCGAUUCCAUGACAUACAGCUGACCAUGGUCAGUCGCGAGAUCCUGGCUAGUGACCUCGACCGCUGGACUGAAAUCCUGCAACAAAAUGACGCCUUUUCGUCAGUUCAGCAGCUCACCAUCCACGGAAGUCUACCUUCAGUUCAAUGUGAAAAUCACAUGAAAUCGACAAUGGAACCAUGCUCUAGUGAACAAGGCCGCGCUAGCAGCGACAAGUUGAUCAACCGCCAGGAAUUCAAAGAGGAGCACUUCAACGGCAAACCUCACUGGAAACCAUAUCCCGAAUACACUGACUGGUUAGCUUUGUCAGAGUUUCUGGAUAGCCUGCUCGGUCUGAGACACCUUGUCUGGCACCCACUGACUUUGUUUCCCUCUCCCCCUCUGGAUGUUCUUGACAAGAAAUAUGACCAGAAGGAUCUGACUGCGUGCAAGCUGCAUAUUCUGAGUUACAACUUACCUCGGUUUGUCCAAAAGCCUGCACAGCGUCGUGGCACUGACUGGUACGAAUAUCAACUUUCGACUUCUUCCUGCCUGUCCAGCAUUGUCAUCUCCUUGAAGCAACAGUACAAGGCUCGCUCAUUGUCUUGUCCGGAGAGAACGAUGUUUUAUGAAUUUGCAACCAAGUCAGCCCCCAAUUUAACCAAAGUGAAUAUCACGGAUGUCUCCUCUGAGUUGCCCCGGCGCUUGAACACCGUUUCGCCUCUGAUUCGCCCCCAAAGCACCAAGAGAACCCCCCUGCAGGGGUUGAGCCUCUACGGUCGUGACCCUUGGUCAUGGAAUACGCAGGCCGAUUUCAACGACCUCCGUGUCCUUGAGCUGUUGCAAGCCAACGAGACAACCCUUCAAAUGGCAGCCUCCCGUGAAUAUCCUGCUUUGAGUUCGCUGACCCUGCAGCCAUGUUGUAACAUCGAUGAGCAACUGAUUAGGCAGCUCUUCUGCUCCCUCCCUCCCCUGGAGAGUCUUCAUUUGUGCGGUCAAUACUCCGAGGAAACCUUCCAGGCAAUCCUCGACCUCCAUGGCGAAUCUAUCCGCAAGCUCUGUCUUGUCCCAGUCACCUUGUACGACGAGUUCGACUACCAUAGGAUCACACCUGAGUUUUUAAAGUUGAUUCGAACUCACUGUCCUAACCUGCGAGAACUCCGUGUGCCAACCAUUCGUAGCGCAGGAAGAAAAGAGGAAUGCGACCUCUACCGCGCUCUUGGGGAGUUCCCCAAGUUAAACAAUCUCACCCUCAAGUUGCAGCAGUGUGAUCAAAUUCCAGACAUGGACCCCGGAGAGUUCAAAAACUUUGUUGAAAGAGAUCGACGCCGUGAAAUGGUAAUCCGAGAAUGGUUUAUCAACAUCGCAGUAGACGAGAGAUUGGUUCGCGAAAUCUUCUUCUUCAUUGCAGGGACCUCUUCCACAUUGCGACGACUCCGAAUUGGCUUUGACACAUCCUUGCGCAGCGUCCACCCAGAGUACAACUACGAAGGUGACCGCGAAAUCACGAAAUUCAUGAGCCGCCAGUACGUUGCCUUUCGCUGCGAUGGUGACAGGUUGAUCGUGCGUGAAAUCGGAGCCCAGGGCCGCAAGCUGAGAGAACUCGAGGAUCCUUGUUCGCUGGGGUUCCGCAUUGGCCAGCGCAGGCUCAUCGGAUUCUCCGCUGUCUUUCCUCUCAGACAUGAGGUCAUCAAAUGCAAAGCGGAGAUGUCCGAGGGGGAAAUUGAGCGCGCUCUUGCCAACCUAAAGCGCAAGUUGGAAUCUGAGCCCCGGGGAUUUCGAAAAGGCACCGAGUCGUAUCGGAUAUCCAUGGAAAAGAAGAACCAGAUUAUCUCCGAGUUCAAGCGACUUCACCCUGGCUUGUAUGAAUGGGGCAGAGAUCGGGAUGCGGCCGAGGCACGCAGACAGAAAGCCGAGAGGAGAGAGGAACACUUGCGAAGAGAAAGUUUCAACAAGUGGGCUCGCGAGAACCCCAAGGAUCACCAGGAAUUCCGUCGGGCUCAGCGUGAAACCAAACGGAAGAAGAAGGCCGAAGAGAUGAGAUUGGCUAGGGAGGCUGAAAAGGAAGCCAAGAGAAAGGCCGAGGCGCACGCUCGGGACAUGGCUAACCCUAACAGAGACUGGGGUGAUGACUCUCUCGAUCGUCAGGAUACUAGGUACAUCCCAGGUGACCCCGAGGUCUCUGAGAGUGACUGGUGGAAUAAGUGGUACAGUUAUCCUUUGACUGACCUCCUGCCUGAGAAGCUUUACGGUUAG